CGUUGUUACCCAAAAGCACCAAGCGCCACAGACUGUUCCCCAAAUAACAAUUCGAGCACAAUCCCUUACCGUAAACUCGCAUUUAGCCAACGAUCCAACGAUCGAUCGACCUUCGCCACAAACCCGGACGACGGAGUUUGCUACCGCGUGCACAGAUCUUCUUCCACACACACCAAUCCUCCACCUCGUGGGAUGGGAAUCCUCGCGACGCCAUCACUGACGUUCGGACUCAUUGUGGCGGCGUACCUUGGGCCGCUCGACGCUACCGUUGGUUGGAUACAACCACCACCAUCGUCGUCGUCGUGGGUCCGCCGUGGUGUUGAUCAUCGUACACACGGCGACGUGGCGUCCGUACGAUUCCGUGCGGAUACGGCCCGUCCGUUCCAACGCGACCGCGACGACACCGACGUCUUGCCGGACGACGAGCCCGACCAAAAUGGUGGUCCUUCCGAACAAAUUCGGUAUAUGGCGACCUUUCUGAACGCUCGUCUGGGCAAGGCGGUUGUGCAACAGAUCCUCGCGACGACGACGACGCCUGCCGCCGCGCCACGCAACGAGAACGACGAGUCCGCCACAGGAGAUACCAAGAAGGCAACUGCCGACGUGCCGGAGGACACCAUCGUGGCAGCAGUCGACGCAGUUGCCACGGAACCCGUUCCGGAACCGCUGGUUCGGGAAUCCAGUCCGGAAGUUCGAGAUGGACCGAACACGUCCAUUCGGAAUUCUACCAAGACCGCGCCCAUAGUGUCCCCUUUAAUUUCACUGGAAUUUGGGAAAGAGCUUCCCGUCGCGGUGGACAAAGUAGAGCCGCUGACGGAAACCUUUUCUGGCAAAGUGUUGCGGGCGUUGCGGGAAGGGGAUACACCGGGCGACCGUGAGGAUGAAGAAUACACUGAGAGUCGCGGGAAACAAACGGAGUCACCCCUGGUGGAGAAUGAAACAAAAGGCGUUCCCGAAACCGAUACCUCGGAGACGGAUGCGGCGAGCCUCGGAACUGACCAACCCAAGCUCUAUACAGCAUCAUCCGCCACCGGUACGCCGGAGACGAACUCUACCGAGGCCUCGACACCCAUGGUAGAGCACGGAAACACGACGCUUGCCGACACUGAGACUGGGAAUCCAUCUAGUCGAAACACAGAGUCUUCAGAGGUGGAGAACUCCGAAGAGGAUGCAGAAACCGUAAUGGAGCAACCGUCCACGGGCCAUAAAAAAGAAGGCGACCGCGAUUUGACGCUGGUGGACGAAUUCUAUACGGACGCGGACGUGGCCGAACCAACGCUCGAUUCUGCAAAGGAGGCCACAGAAAUAGGUCAAUUGGACCAACCACGUUUGUACUCUACAUCCCAAAAUAACGUGACCGACGCGAAUCUAUCGGGACGCUCUCUUGACGAGGUCGUUGACGACGGAAGUAACGACACUGAUGCCGAUUUGGACGAAGGCGAAGAACGUCCAUCACUCCGCCAUAAGAAGGAAGGAGACCGGGAUGUAGCUCUACAGGAUGAGUUUUUGGAGCCUGUGGAAGAUCAGCUACGUGCCGAUCAAAAUGCGACCAUGUCACAGGACUUGGCCAAUCAAGGCGAUCAGCCGCUGGACGUUGUUCCGUACCCCAAAUCAGACAUGGAUGACCAUCUACAAGAUGCGGUGCCGUAUACCAGGAAAAAAGAAAUCAUGGAACUCGCGAUGAACUCCAAAAAUGAAAAGGAACCGCCACGUGAUGUAUUGGCCUAUCGAAAGAAGGGGGUCAAAUUGGAUGAUGUUCGGAAAGAGAACGGGGGUGAGAAUGUCGCAGGAAAUGUACAAAGUAGCAAUAGCGAUGCCCCCGACAAUGCCCUUCCAUAUCCAGAGGCGCACGACGACUUGGAUCUGUCUACUUCAGAAACUGAACCUACACAAAUCCCAAUCUCCGGCACACCGAGUGGUGUUAGGCUUCCUGCUGGUAUUAUGGAUGAACUCGAGGCAACGAUUGAGCAGGCUCAAAGCGAGUUGAAUACAAAUGUUGGACAGUCCGAUUCGGUAGUAGAAGGAGAUUCUAUGGAAAACUCAGAUAGCAGACAAACACAGGACUCUGGAGUAGUGUCUGAUGGUACGGGAAGCCCAUUGGAACCGAGAAUCCCGUCGGUUGUAUCCAGAGAGUUUGGUCAUCCACUAGAAGUUGUUCAAGAUGGCAUUUCUCCUCCGCGAGACAGCCAGGCUUCGACAGAAGCUGCAUCUGAUCGGCCAAAGAACGACGCUUCCGGCGAAUCAUCCUCUAGCACUUUAAACGCUGCGCAUCGGAGUUUCUUUAGAGAAUGGCAAGCGUUUUCCAAAAAGAGCUUUGGCCUGGACCGGACACUUUUCGGGAAAAGGAGGUAA